AUGGUAUCCGAGGAUGCCGCAUCGUCGUCGGGCAAGGAUGUGAGCUACGACUACGACUUUGAGUGCAGCAGCAGUGGAGAAGAACUCGAUGGGAGACGAGUUGAAGAAGAGUAUAUCACCGCCGCCAUUCAAGGGUCUCGAGACAGCGACGGUCAGGCCACCCAUGAGCUACACACUGAUGGUCUCCCCGAGGAAUCAUCCACGACGAAAGACAUCCCGAAGGUUAUGAGCGUCGAAGGCGUUUAUAAUGACGAAGAGGAUAUGCCGGAGACCAGGUACCCCAGUGAUGUUGAUAGGACCCCUCGAG